AUGUCCGAAAGAGAAAAACCGCAUAUGAUUGUGGGAGUGGACUUGGGGAUGACUUGUACUGGCGUAUCCUAUGCAAACCUCUCAAUUGGCAGUGAAACCGUCCGUUGGGUCCAGAAAUGGCCCGGUAGAUUCCAAGCCAACGAGAACAAAGUCCCCACUGUCAUUGUCUAUCCCAAUCACGCCUCCGAGCCUUCGUCAUGGGGCUUCCUCUCGGAGACUGUAGCAGAGUCUACUGCCGAGGACAAAGAUUACAAAGAAUGGUUCAAAACAUGCCUCGACCCUGCUAAAUUGGCCCAAAAACAACGAGAGGAUCCAGACAGCGCCCCUAAGUCCUUGGAGGAAGUGGAAAAGUGGUACGAGGAUUACUUGAAGAAAAUGUAUGAAUACCUAGCCUUCAAACUAGGGUCUGAGAUAUCAGGGGCAGACUGGACAACAGCCCGUAUAGAGUUCAUCUUUUCGGUUCCUACCACUUGGCCUACAUAUCCAACAGUGGAGAACUUCAAGCGUAUUGUCAGACGCUCUGGUUUUGGAUCGCAUCCCCAGCAUUCUGUUACUAUUGGAUUGACAGAGGCCGAAGCAGCGGCUGUUCAUGUGUCGACGGAAGCGCCUGGGAUCUUUCGAGAGGGGGACAUAUUGCUCGUCUGCGAUGCUGGAGGAGGGACGACCGACCUUUCUGUGCUUCGCGUCAACAAUACGAUCAACCAAUCCAUCUCGUUGCAACAGCUCGACGUUGUUUUUGGAGAAACCAUUGGUUCCGCAGCAAUAGAUUAUGCUUUCGAGAAGCUCGUGCAGCAUCGCCUUGCACUAUCCCAUAAUCAACUUCCGCUUCCCAUUCUCCCAGAGGACGCAGCAUGGGAGAUGAUGAAGUCGCGCGAUUUCCAGGCUGUAAAAUGCGAAUACGGCUCUCCAGAUGGCACUCCAAUCUUUUCCAUUGGGAUCCCACGUGUCCCGCACACGUACAACAACCCCGAUCCAGAAGUGAGAAUCAGAGCGGGAGAGAUGACAUUUGCGAGUGAGGAUCUGCAGCAGCUCUUCGACAAGCAAAUCGCCAAACUAUGCAAAUUGAUCGAUACGCAAUUGCAGACGCUACACCAGAAGUUCCCUGGCGAACAAGUGGCCCAUCUUGUAUUGAGCGGAGGCCUGGGAAACAGUCCCUAUGUACAGUCGCGCUUGAGAACUUACUACGCCCAGAGUGCGAUGCCAAAUGCACGGGAGGUCAGAGUUCGUGUUUCCCCAGAUCCUCAGCUCGCCUUGUAUAUCGUGCAAGCCAUCGCUUGGUUUGUGAAGAAAGGGGAACCCGUGAGCGUGGACAAACCGAUCGUCCACAAUUUCAUCAAAAAGAUUGCUCCUGGGGAUCCGCGGAAAGCAUUUCCAACCAGUGUGAUCGAAAGCCACCUGGAUGCUGCGCGAUUGCCGGAUCAGAUGAACCACGAAACGCGAAUUCUUUGCGAAAUUCAGAGUGAUCUGAGCAGUGCAGACGAAAGAAAAUUCAUUGAGAAAAAUAAGAGGUUCUGGAACGUAGGGAAGCAUUACCUGAAGAUUGAGUAUCAGGUGAAAGUCCUGAUCGGUCCGGCAGACAUCCGCUUCGAGCUGUGGUUCGACAAUCAAAAGCUGUCCAAGGACCAGUCUAUCAAGGUGGAUUGGGCUCCGGCUCCACCUCCGGAUUUUGCCAUAUACAACAGAGCAGAAUUACCUGAAUCUAGGCCAGCACAUUUCGCGAAUCACUUGGCAGGAUGGAAGGCGAAUGGCGAAGAAAGAACACAUGAGGCAGGGAGUUAUCUCAAUAACCCCGAGAGGAAAAGGGGUCUCGGGAAAAUGCAAGUUGGGCUGGUCUCCUUGGCAAGGUCAAGCAAAUGGUCGGUGUACGGAUGAGCGGAGUGCAAGACAGCCUUCGUCAUGCCGUCCACGUACAGUUCUCAUAAGAAGGUCAAAGUCUGACCUUCUGCGGGCGUGAUACCGAGGUAGUGCGAGGUCCUGACAUAAUUAGACACCUGCAUUAGGGAGGGAGGACUGGGGAAUCCUGUACAGCUCGUAUUCCAUGUGCAACUGCCUCUCACUGAGGUAUCAAUGAGAAACCGCCCUAUUGAGAAGUCCGAACG